CGCAGACCGAUCAGUUUUUACACACCGCUGCAGGGAGACCGCAGAGCGCUGGAAGAAUAGAAGAGGGAGAAUAACCGUAAAUAACCAAAUGGGACUAUAUGGGAAAAACAUGGCGAGAUCGUAAGGAAGACAAAGACUUUGUAAACAAGAAAACCUUACCGGCCUUUUUCUCAAUCGGGACCUGUGGGAUUAUUAAGAAGAAAACGCUACAAAUCAAAUGGGGUACCAGAGAAUGAAUGUCUAUGGGCAGAACCCCACUUUAUGAUCGGAUCGCCUCGAAAUUAAUGUAAAAAUAAGCCAUUGUUGAUCAAAAUCGAACCUUUGAUCACUUAUCCGACAUAUAUGUGUUAGAAAAUCUGAAAUACACAGAUUUCUAAAGGAAAAACUCAGAUUUUAUGUAUUGAAUUCCUACGGAGAGAUGUCAUCGUUGAGCCGUAAGGACUGGAUGUGAUACUUCAGCUGUAAAUAUGGGAGAUCUGACCGACUCCAGGGAUUUAAAAAAGACUUUCAUUGUUCCUGCCAUCAAGUCCUUUGAUAAUUAUGAUUUUAACAAAGCUAAAACGAGAGCCAGUCUCACAUGGCUAGUGGCAAAAGCCUUUGGUACAGACAUUGUUCCUGAAGAGCUUAGAGAGCCCUUCUAUAAAGACCAGUAUGAACAGGAGCAUCUGAAGCCUCCCGUGGCCGGCCUGCUGCUGUCAGCCGAGCUCUACUGCCGAGCAGGAAGUCUGAUCCUGAAGAGCGACGCUGCCAAACCUCUGCUGGGCCAUGAUGCCGUCAUACAGGCUCUGGCUCAGAAAGGCCUGUACGUCACAGACCAGGAGAGACUGGUUACAGAGAGAGACCUGCAGAAGAAACCCAUACAGAUGACCGCCCACCUAGCCAUGAUUGACACUCUGAUGAUGGCGUACACGGUGGAAACGGUGAGCGUUGAGAAGGUUAUGACGUGUAUGAAGCAAUACUCCACCGAUGAUCCAGAUGGAGAUGUGCCAUAUGACACAGAAGAUGCUGUGACCAGCUGGAUGAAUAAGGUGAAUGAAUACUUGAAGGAGAUCAUAAUGCAGGAGCAGCGGAGGAGGGAAGCACAAAGUGCCGAGCCCGUUGAGAAUCCAAAGUCUCCAACCAAGUGGUAUAUGAAGCUGGUUCCUGCCCGUUACAGGAAGGAACAAGUUCUGUCCAAAACCGUUCCCUGGAUCCCCCCGGUGGACAACCUGCUGAAGGACAGCACAGAUGGUUGUGCCCUGGCCGCCCUGCUGCACUUUUACUGUCCCGCCACCAUCAGUCUGGAGGACAUUUGCUUGAAGGAGACCAUGUCGCUGGCGGACAGUUUGUAUAACCUCCAGCUCAUUCAGGACUUUUGCAGGGAGAACUUCAACCGUUGUUGUCACUUCAGUCUGGAGGACAUGCUCUACGCCCAUUCAUCCAUCAAAAAUAACUAUCUUGUGUUUAUGGCCGAGCUCUUCUGGUGGCUCGAGGUCGUAAAGCCGGCUUUCGUUCAGGCACAGGUGUUAGACACUGAAGCACCAGCCCCCACACUUAAAAACCUGCCAUCUGUACCCAUCUCAAAAGUCACAAAGAGGAGUUUCAUAGAAAGACCUCCUAGUCCAGACAGGCCAAGUCUCCCUCUCCGACCUCAACCACAGACUUCAGGCUCAGGUCAGAUUAAGAGAUCAACCUCAAUGUCAUUUGUGGAGAGCUUCAUGGGCACUUGGCCCAAAGAAAAGAAGUCUGCUCCUCAGGGAGUGUCCUUUGAAAUCCCAUUUGAUAGAGACAGCACUAGUGAAACGCCUACUUCAACUGGCCGAGGGAUGACCCGAUCUGCCAGCACAGAAGGUUUUAAGAUGGCCCUUGGGACCAGGGGCAUCAAGAGAAACCUUUCUUUUCAGCCUGUCAAUGGAAAGAACAUAGGCAUAGAGGAGGAGGACGGCUGCCCUGAUAGCCUGACGGGAAAUCUUAACGGUCGUCUAAAUGGCUCAGGGCCACCCAGCAUUGAAGAGGCUCUUGAGAUUAUCCACAACUCUGAGAAAAAGUCACAAAGCCCCAAGGCCCAUGCGUCCAAUGAGGGUUUCUUUCUUCAUCUCCACAACCAAGAUGAACUGAUCCCAAAAGCAAAAGAAGGAAAUGUGGACUCAAUUUCAGAGUCGUCCAAAGGGAUUGACAGCACAUCAACCACAGAAGUUGAUACAGGCAUUCAUGUGCGGACAGAGGACAUUCAAGAGACGCUAGAUGAGGACUCAUCCCUUAGGGAUUGUACUGUAAGCAUGGAUCUUGACACAGAUCAAGACUAUGAGGCCAGAACCUGCUCAACAAGCCCGUGUCCCAGUAACAUCAGUGGAAAGUCCCCUGCUGGAAGUACCCCAACCCCUGCCCUCACACCUGGGGUUAAGAUGACCAGUUUUGCAGAGCAAAAGUUACGUAAACUGAAUCCAAAUUUGGAGGCCAAAGGUGCCAGCUCCCAAGGCACAACACCAGACAGUUCAGACCUCAACAUUCCUCACUCUGUCUCCUGGGCGCCUUCGCCCGAGGUGAGCCCUGCACGCCAGCCGUCCAAAGACCCUGCCCAGGCCAUGGCUGCUGAAAUGGUGCAGCUGCGUAUGAGACUUGAGGAGAAACGUCGUGCCAUCGAGGCCCAAAAGAAGAAAGUGGAGGCUGCCUUUACUCGACAUCGUCAAAAGAUGGGACGUAGUGCUUUCCUCACCGUGGUCAAGAGGAAAGGUGAUGCCACGUCACCGUAUCCCAGCUCAGAGGAAAGCAAAAUUCCUGCGGAGACACCCCAGCCCAUCAAGUCUCCGCAGAAGUCUCCAGGUGAGGACGGCACAUCUGAAGCAGACCUCGUGGAGUACACACGCUCCAUUGAGAAGCUUAACGCUUCUCUGAGUUUCCUACAAGCCGAGAUGCAACGUCUUGCUCAACAACAGGAGCUUAUCAUGCAGAUGCGGGAGCAACAGGCCUGGGUGGUGUCUGCACCUCAACCUUCACCACAAAAACAGGUGCGAGAUCUCCGAGGGAGCGGGACACGCUCUUCAGGGUCACCCUCACCUGCAGAUUCCCCUAGGGCUACACAACUCUCCCCUACAAACCUUAAGAGAAAGUCCGCUUCCUUCCAUUCCAAGACCCCAAGGACACCCAGACCAAAUGAGCUAAAGAUCACACCCUUCAACCGAGUCCUUACUGUUCCUCAGUCAGUUGACAGCAUACCACGGCUCAGAAGGUUCUCCCCAUCUCAGCCCGAAUCCUGCUCCUUUUCAUAUUUGGGACAUAAGAAGAAACCACCAUCAGGAGCUGAAACCACAGACGCUGAACAAGACCUUGGCCUGGAGUCGCUGUCUAUUGAGCAUUCUUCUGGUGAUAUUACCUCACCAACCAAAGAAACCCAACAGCUAGAAGAAGUUGAGCCAAAUGGGGAGAAUGAACAAGUAGAAGAAAUAGGUCCAUCGGAUGAGAACAAGCCUGCAAUGGAAUCGAAUGUAUCAGAGGUGUUAUCACAGUUUGUAACUGAAACAGUCAUUGUCACUCCCACCGAGAAGCCAAUUGACAUCACCCAUCAGAGCAACAAGAAUCUGAUUGAGGUUCCUUUGUCCAUCCUCAAGCCCAUAGAUGGACAAGCACUGGAAGAGGAAGGCGAGAAGGAAAUAUCAGGAGAAAAUCAGGAUGAUGAUCAGAAAAUGAGCUGUGGAUUCUUCUUCAAGGAUGAUAAGAAGGAAGAGGACAGCAUGGCCAUAAAGCGAGCGGCACUUUUGGAGAAACGGCUGAGAAGAGAACGAGAAACUCAGCAGAGGAAACAGCAGCUGGAGGCGGAGCUUGAACAAAAGAAAGAGGAGGCCAGGUUGAAAGCAGAGGAGGACCGCAUGAAGAAGGAAGAAGAUAAAGCCCGGCGAGAGUUUAUCAAGCAAGAGUACCUGAGGAGAAAACAGCUGAAACUUAUGGAAGACAUGGACACGCUUGUUAAACAGAGGCCUGCGGGAGCCAAGCAGAGAAAACCAAGGCCCAAAUCCAUCCACAGAGAUGUGCUGGACUCACCCAGGACUCCUGUUAAGGGGACGGCAGGUUCACGCCCUCGUGUUUUUUCAGUGUCAAGCCUGUCUCUGGCAUCACUUAACCUCGGAGACAAUGACAGCGUCGGAUCAGAGCGGAAAACGCCCAGUAGGUCUGAUUCAGCAGAUGGCUGCCUGUCCCCUACUCGCUCCGGUAGCCGUAACGGAGACAAAGACUGGGAAAACGGCUCCACCACGUCCUCGCUGACGUCCAACACUGAAUACACAGGUCCUAAAUUAUAUAAGGUACCCAGUGCAAAGUCUAAUAAACAUAUCAUUCAGAACGCUCUGGCCCACUGCUGUUUGGCCGGCAAAGUCAAUGAGGGACAGAAGAACAAGAUUUUAGAGGAAAUGGAUAAAUCAGAGGCCAACAAUUUCCUGAUCCUCUUCCGGGAUUCCGGCUGCCAGUUCCGCUCCGUAUACACGUACUGCCCGGACUCGGAGGAGAUCAACAAGCUGACCGGCAUCGGCCCGAAAACCAUCUCACGCAAGAUGAUCGACGGCCUCUACAAGUACAACUCGGACCGGAAGCAAUUCAGCCAGAUCCCAGCCAAGACCAUGUCGGCGAGCGUGGAUGCCAUCACCAUCCAAAGCCACUUGUGGCAGACCAAAAAACCAGGGACUCCCAAAAAAGUAGCGGCCGUUAAGUCGUAGUGUUUCUUGACGUCUGUUCGAACGCUUUCUAGAUGCACUUCUUCGUACGUACUGGAAACUUUUUACAAUCUUCCGUCCGAACUAGUUAGUCUACGCACGUUUUAUGCACAACUGGAAUGUAAAACUCUGAAGGGUGGCAAAUGAAUCGCAUUCAUGUGUGUGGCACCCGAGACAUCGUUUUACGCAUCACGUUUGAAUUCUAUGUGCCAAAAAACAAAACAAUGAAACAUUGUCACGGACGUCCUGUUAUUUUAAGUUGGUACACUAAAGCACUGAAUGUUAUUUUCAUUUUUGUACAGAAUUCUCGCACAUUUGUGGCCUUACGUUGAUUUUAUUUUCUUGUUUUUUUUUGUGUUUGUAUUUGUUAUAUGAUUGUACGGCUGCUUAUCGAAAGGUUCUUGCGUGCAUAGCUUGUGAUUGUACUGAUUUCAUAUCUAACCGUAAGGGAGCCUUCUUGGCGAGCUAUGUCAUAUUUAAUAUACACAUAAAUCAGUGUGGUAAUGUGCCGUAAGUAAUAUUGUUUGCAGAAAUGACCCACUUUUGAUGGGUUUGAACUCUAUUGGCAUUGAUUCACAGCAGGAUUGUGAAUUUAUUUAAUUUCGUUCCAGUAGGUGUAUUUGCUUUUUAUGUAUAUUUUUUGUUUGUUUUUUUAACCGACCGAUGGUAAUGUUCUAAAUUCAGCAUUAUGGUGUUUUUAAAUCGUAUUUAUCAUCUAUUUUUGGCCUUAAGGCCGGGGAUUACGAUGCCAAACUUUUCUGUUGUAUUCAUUUAUGAUUGUUCGUGCAAACAUAACACUAAUGAAUAUUUUAUUGUGCUGGCCUGAAUUGCAGAAAAAAGUAUUUCCGUUUUAGCUUCAUGGAUGACGAUAAAUAAAUGUCUUAUCAUGUGACUUGGCUACAUCACCAGCAGUGUUGGGGAAAGUUACUUUUAAAAGUAAUGCAUUACAAUAUUAAGUUACUGCCCAAAAAAGUAACUUAUUGCGUUACUUAGUUACUUUUCAUGGAAAGUAAAUCUUACGUUACUAAGUUACUUUUGCGUUACUUUUUCUAACUUGGCUGAGGCUUGAUCUCUUUCAGGCGUUGCAGGUGUUUUUAUGAUUGCAGAAAUGUCAAGCUCUGGCCUGCCAUCAACGUUUCUGACUCAAACUGUUCCCGCUCAGGCGCACAUGCGUAAUUCAACAUUAAUGUGUUGUAAUGUUUAAUUCAGUACAUUAUUUUAAUUUUUAUUUGAUUAAAUUAAACUAAAAAGUUACAGAGCCCCUAAGGGGACAUGGAGCAAAAAUUAAAUAAAGUUUAGUUUCGCAUGCGCACAUGAAACCAUCGCGUGCUCACGUGAAACUUUCGCGUGCUCACGUGAAACUUUCGCGUGCUCACGUGAAACUUUCGCGUGCGCACGUGAAACUUUCGCGUGCGCACGUGAAACUAUCACGUUUAGUUUCGCGUGCGCACGUGAAACUAUCGUGUGCGCACGUGAAACUUUCACAUGCGCACGCGAAAGUUUCACGUGAGCACAUGAUAGUUUCACGUGAGCAUGCGAUAGUUUCACGUGAGCACGCGAAACUUAACUUUUAAAAAAAAUUCUGCACAUGAAGGUUUCCGUGAGCGCAUAAAAGUUUCACGUGAGCACAUGAAACUAAACUUUUGAUUUUUUUACUCCAAUGUCACCUUAGGGGCUUGGUAAAAAGUAACUUGCAUUACUUUUUUAAAAAAGUAACUAAAAUAUUAAUGUGUACAUUUAUAAAGAAAUGCGUUACUUUCCUCGUUACUCCAUAAAAGUAACAUUAUUACGUAAUGCACGUUACUUGUAAUGCGUUACUCCCAACACUGAUCACCAGUGUCAAAAACAACAUAACUUUGUAAUACUGUGGUCAAAGUUUAACUAUUUCAACAAUGAUCCUGAUCUUUUUUUUCAAUCACAGCUAAUGAUUAUGAUUAUUAUAUAUGGUAUUGUAUCAUAAAACUCAGUGGUUGGAAAACGAAAAAAGUCACAUUAUCUAUUUUAUUUGCUAGCAGUAUUUUUACUGCUUACACAUUCCUUUUUAAACCUCAUAAAAUCAAUUUUCGUCGAGAUAAAGCAUUGCAUAUAAGAUUCUGAACAUGCCAACUUUUUAAGUCUUGUUUACUAUUAUAGAGUAAACAAGAGAAAAAAAAUAUUUUCUGUGUAUUCUCGAUAUGACUGGUCUGAAGUAUGUUACACUAUUAUCCUCGAAAACACAAAAGUGUUAAGCAGUUUGCCAAAAUAUAUUUUAGAUGAUUGUUGGAGCCAUUUCAAUAAUGUGUGCAAAAUGUUGCAACUGAGGGCUAAAAAACUUUGAAUGGUAAAUUUUACAUUUUGACUUGGUUAUGUCGGAUUAGCUGGAGUUUAUGUGACGUUAUCAAUCAUAAUAUUUGACCCUGCCUGUGAAAAUCAUCCUACAUAUGUAAAGAUCAUCCAGUGAAAAUAUAAUCUUGAUAUCUUUAAUAUUGACUGAGUGAGGUCAUGUCAAUGACUGAAAUCAAACUAUGCUCCUAAUCUCAUAAUUCGAUUAUGAGACUUACGCCUGGAUUUCACAGACGGGGUCACAUAUGUUAACAUUCCCCCUUAAUUGUUUUAGGGCAGAAUGUGGCUAUACGGGUAGAGGCGUUUGAUGCCUUCCUUUCCUGCUUAUUAAAAGCCAUUUUCCCAGUAGUUUUCCACUGCAGUAUUGAAAUGCUGUUUAUUGGUGCUUGCCGUUCAAACUCUUAACACACCUGUUUUCCAAUAAAUCAGAUUUGUUGAUUAGCUGAAGGGAUGUAUGAGUGUUUUGAAAUGGACAAAUGUGCACAGCAGACUCAUAAGUUUUAGUCUAUCAAAAAAAGUUAAAAACAGUUAACAUACUAUCUUGGUUGAGUUAUUUGGCCAUUUCAGGUUAUUUAAAUGAGCAUGGUAUAGACCAUUGUACAGUGUGUGAACUCUGAUCUCUUCAGCACGUCUCUCUCUCUCUCUCUCUUUCAUUUCAGGUUCUGUGCUGUCAUAAUGCUAAAAUAACAUGUCAGAUUUUAAUUGCAUUCAAUAAAGUUUUGCAUGGCCUCUU